GCUGUAAAAGUUUGGCGCGCGCCAUGCCGUACAUUAUUUUAGUGACGUCCUUUUAGUAUUUGCACGUGCAGCGGUUUAAUGGUCAAGUGAAGGGAAUAUAUGUGUUUUAUUUUGACAAUUUUAAUGAAAUGUGACUACGAAACCGUGGAGAAAUGUAUCGGUCAGAUACCUAACGGAACAGCAGGAUGCACCGGUACAGUUAGCGGUCUGUCUGCACUGAGGCGUGUUUGUGUUGUUUGUUAUGCGAAAUAAAUAAUUUCCUUCAAUAUUCUGUUGCAACUUGAAGUAGCGGUAAAUGUGGUCGAGACAUUUCCUGAAGAGGACAGUCCUGCCUCUUGGACAGUGUCUGAGACGCAUCACCUGUCUACAGGUGCAGAGAUCUCUGGUGCAGUGUCCUGCCUGGGGACCUUCUUGGUGUCACCAACAUGGAAGAUCAAAAUUCUUUUCUACUGUGUUCUUUAAUCCCUGCAGAACACUAAAGAGAGAUACGAAGUCUUCAGUAGAAGUCCCUGACCACCCCAUUACAGUCACCGACAUCAAGCAGUAUCUACGGUCUAAGGGAAUUUCAUUUCACGAUGGUUAUAGUUGCUUACAUGCUAGCAGUAUUUUUUUAGAACAAAACCCCAAAACACACGAAGGAGCUGGGAAGGACAGUUACACGAUGUUCAUUGACAAAAUGACUGGACAGUUUCUCUGUAAAGACACACUAGUAGAAGGAAGCUGGGAAGACCUGCAGGACUGUCUUGAAGUGAUGCAGAAAGAGGGACAAACCUCAAUCAGUCCAGAUGUUUUGUUAAGCUACUCAGAAAGUGUAGAAGAACAGGGACAGAGGGACAUGGAACUGAAGGAGGUUCACAGGAUUUGGAACAGCUCCAUGACAUUCUCAGAUCUCCCUGAAGAGGAACUGCAGCUCAUCAAAACUAUGUUCCAGAUCAGUAAGCUCACCAAUGCAACUCUGAAGAAAUUUGGGGUAAGAUUCUUUAGGCCUACCAAAAGUCUUGUAUUUCCCUGGUUCAGCGGGCGAGACUUAAAGCUCCGUGGCAUAAAACUGCUUUCUGCUGCCACCAAGGAUAAUAGCCAAGUGGUGUAUACAGAAGCUAGCAUUCCUAAAUUAUCCAGUUACUACAACCUUUUUGGGCUUCCCUUAGUAGGACGGAAGGAAACGGAGAUGGUGCUCACAGGAAGUGAGAUUGACUGCAUGGCGGUAAGCCAGGCAACUGGCCUGCCUGCUUUGGCCUUGCCGCGGGGAGUCAGUUGUCUGCCCCCGGUACUUCUUCCUUACCUGGAGCAGUUCAGGAAGGUCACGCUAUGGCUGGGUGGGGAUAUGCGUGCUUGGGAGGCUUCAAAAAUCUUCUCAAAGAAACUAGGAUUGAAGCGCUGUUCUCUUGUGCGACCGGGGGAAUUUCAUCCGUGUCCUCAUGAAGCACUGGUGCAAGGCAAGAACCUUGCACGUAUUGUUAAGGCCUCUAUCCCUGCUGCCCACAAGUCUAUAGUGUCCUUCAAGCAGCUCAGGGAAGACGUGCUGGGAGAGCUAGCAAACGUAGAGCAGGUGGCAGGAAUAAAGUGGACCCGCUUUCCUGAGCUCAGUCGAAUACUGAAAGGCCAUCGCAAGGGAGAGUUAACAGUUUUCACAGGUCCAACUGGCAGUGGUAAGACCACCUUUAUCAGUGAGUAUGCGCUUGACCUGUGUAUGCAGGGAGUGAACACACUGUGGGGCAGCUUUGAGAUCAAAAACGUACGUUUGGCCAAAAUUAUCUUGACCCAGUUUGCUAUGCAGAGAUUGGAGGAAAACUUGGAGCAAUAUGACUACUGGGCUGACAAGUUUGAGGAGCUUCCACUGUACUUUAUGACCUUCCAUGGUCAACAGAAUGUUAAGACAGUGCUCGACACCAUGCAGCAUGCUGUGUAUCUCUACGAUAUCGGUCACAUAGUCAUUGACAACCUGCAGUUCAUGAUGGGGCAGGAGAAUCUGUCUGUGGACAAGUUUGCAGUACAGGACAACAUUAUUGGAGCUUUCAGAAAAUUUGCAACAAACAGCAGCUGUCAUGUAACAAUGAUCAUCCAUCCUAGAAAGGAGGAAGAUGACAAAGAACUUCAGACAGCAUCCAUUUUUGGCACAGCCAAGGCCAGCCAGGAGGCUGACAAUGUGCUUAUUCUUCAAGAGAAAAAGCUUGUUACCUGUCCUGGACGCAGAUCCCUGCAGGUGGCCAAGAACCGCUUUGAUGGAGAUGUGGGGAUUUUCCCUCUAGAAUUUAACAAGUCUUCCCUUACUUUCUCAGCCCCAGUCAGAAACAAGCAAAAAUUACGCAAGGUCAAAGCGGACACGACUGAGAAGAACUCAGAGACUGAAGUCAAGGAGAAAAAUGAGAAAGUUUCAAAGGUUGCAAAAGAACCCAAAAUCCCCAAAACACUUAACGAGCCAUCAACAAGAAAGAAUGUAAUAAAUACAGAUGAAAAAAGCAGUAGUAAAAUGGAUGGGUGAAGCUUUAGAGGACCUGAACAUUGCAAUACAACUCAGUAUUUCUAAGAUAAAAUGUCAGUAGGUGUCACUGCAGAACCUCUGAUUAAUGUCCACCUUUUUUCCUGAAUGGCAAUGGUGAAUGUUUAGACUGUAAUUUGGAUGUAGGUUAAAGUUUGGAAAAAUUAUGUUGAUUUGCUCUUAAAAUAUUAAAGGACACCAGCCUUUUAAACAGUAUGGAACCCUGAUAAUAUUAAAAAAGAGGAUACUUCACUAAAGAUUAAGUUUAUUAUGGUGCAUUCAUGGGACAAAUUGUGAUAAAGUAUCAAACCUUUAUUAGAAUAGAAUAUUAAUGUUGUUGUUUUUUUAAAUAGUAAAGGACACCAGUUCCAACAGUAUGGAACCCUGAUAAUAUUAAGGAAUAACUAAAGAAUAUGUCCCUAAGGAGAGAGGCCAUUACUCUUUUGCAUUCGUUUUGCAAUUUUCCUCAUCAUAAAUUACCUUUCGCUUUUAAGUAUGAACAUUCAAUGUUAUGAUCUCUGUAUCAGAGAUGUGUAUUGACUGAUGCUUGAGUUGAGACUGACAUCCUACACCAGUUUUUGCAAAACACAGAUGUUUGAUAAUGACAUGCAUAAAUAUUAGCUGUGUUCUCUGUUUAUGAACGUAAUCUUUGUUUUGUUAAGCAAAAACCAAAAAUGCAUUAUAAAAUGAUACAGUAAGUCUGGUCAAAAAGUUGAUCUGGUACCAGUCUAACAAAUUAGGUCUGUCUCAGCCACUGUACUUAUAUUCAGUAUCAGAUUAUUGCUAAAGUACUUCUUUACUAAGAUUUCACUUUAACUAAGGUACUCAUUUACUUUACUUUAAAAAGGUAUUAGUUAUAGUAUUAUAUAUAUUUUAAAUAAACUGUUUUUUUAUGUGUAUACUUUUUUGAUCCAGUUUUCAUGUCAAUCGAGUUCAGUAAACAACUCGUGUGCGUGUGUGAGCAUGUGUGCGUGGACGAAAACUAAAUGGACAUUCUUUUCUAUAUUUGUUUCAAUGAAAUGUUAAUAUACAAUUCUAAAGUUCAGAACUGAUA